UGGUGAUCAAGGUCAUCAAAUCAGCCAACAUGAAGCUCACGGACCUCGCCAAGGAGAUCCAGACCCUCAAGAGCCUCAGGAACGAGCGGUUCAUCCAGCUGCAUGAGGUCCUGAGGGCCAGGCCCUGAGCCUGGCCCACCUUCUGAGCUUUGCCUGCCAGGUGGCCGAGGGCAUGGGCUACCUGGAGGAGCGGCACAUGGUGCACUGAGACCUGGCAGCCGGGAAUGUGCUAGUGGGCGAUGACCUUGCCUGCAAGGUGGCUGACUUUGGCCUGGCCUGGCUUCUCAAGAACAUCUACGCACCAAGCAGUGGCACCAAGAUCCCUGUCAAGUGGACGGCACCCGAGGCUGCCAACUACCAUGUCUACUCCCAGAAGUCAGACGUCUCUUCCUUUGGUGUUCUGCUCUUCGAGGUCUUCACCCAUGGCCAAUGUCCCUACGAAGGUUCAAGGGUGUCCAGGGAGGAGGUGCACCCUGCCAGGGGAUCCAGUCAGAGAGAGGAGGCACAUCCUGCCCUGGGGACUCAUCUGUAGGAGGAGGCACUUCCUCGGGGGAUCUAGUCUGAGGGAGGAGGUGCACCUUGACCCAGAUGCUUAUCUGAGGGAGGAGGCAUGGCUCUGCCUGGGGAGUCAACUCAAGGGAGGAAGCACGACUCUCCCUGGCAGUCAGAGGGCCUGGCCAGGGGCAGAUUGGUGAUCAAGAGGCUUACAAGCCACAUGUCCACUAUGAUCCUGGGCCUGCUCAUUGGUCCCCUGCCCAGGAAUGACCAACCAUGAGACGUUGCAGCAGAUCUCCAGAGGGCACUGGCUGCCUCGCCCAGCCACCUGCCCUGUGGAGGUGUAUGCACUCAUGCUGGAGUGCUGAAAGGGCAACCCCGAGGAGGGGCCAGCCUUUGCUGAGCUGCAGGAGAAGCUGGGUACUGGCUGCAGACGCCCCCACCAGGCCCUUACAUGACCCGGCACGGUGCACCACCACUGGGGCCCCAUCUCUCCCUUCCGGUGGCCACUCAGGAUGUUUGUUGAAACAUGUGCAGAGAUGUCCGCAGCUGGGAACCCCACUGGCCUGCACGCCCAUGGAGCCUCUGGUGUGGGCCUUAUGAGCUGACACCCACGCACGUGCAAACACCUGGACAGCUGGUGAGUGUCAUUUCGUCGGCAUGACCUGCUUCCCUGGUGUCUCAGGGAGACGAACUCAGCCAGAAGGGCCUGGUGGAGUCUGCGUCUGCCCAGGCCCAGGGAGGCACUGGGCAGGGAGUCCUGGGAUGCAGGGGCCCUUACUUUGCCCUCGAUGUGAACCUCACUGGGCACACACUGUACACACACAGGAGAGAGCACUGUCACAGUUGGCUGUGUGUGAACCUGUGCACACAUGAGCCAACACCCAAUAAAUAUUUAUUGUCCGACUCAAACAAGCAUAGACGCACACAGCAGCCCUUGGCCUCCCUUGAACCUAGGGCUGGGGUCACUGAUGGUGGCUCUCUUGGGUGGGGUGAGCAUCGGAGGGGGAGAGCCGGCCCCACGUGGCCUUGCUGCUCCCAGGGCAUCAUGGCGUUCAGCAUGGUGGGUGCAGAACUUUGCCAGGCAGAGUGGCACCUGGGGGCGUCAGCAGACCUGGUGGAGGCUGUGGGAGAGUCAGGGGUCUUAGAUGACCCCUGCCUUCCAAAAGGCUCAUGUGGCUGUGGGAACUGCCCUCUCCAUCUCCAGGGCGGCAGCAGAGAGGACAGGCAGGAUAUCAGGGUAGCCCAAGCUGGGGGCAGUCAGGGAGAGGUGGGGGGCUGCAGGCAGAGGCAGUACCAGUAGAGGGGACCCCAGCAGCCUGGCUGUGGCUCAGGGGCUGGGGGAGGGGCCAGAGGAGGCCAGGCCAGGGGGCGGGACCAGAGGGCUUGGCCUUUGGGGCUUGAGGAUGCUGUCCUCUGAGGCCACACCUCUGCUUCUGCCUUGCCCAGCAGCAGGUCCCCUGGGUGGGUUCUGGGGGGCUUCCCCAACAUGGGGCAGCAGCAGUGGGGGAUGGGACUCCUAUGGACCAGAGUCUCAGAUACUGUGAGAGUCUUAGCCUGCUUUCCGGAGGCAGCGUGAGUGAGUCAGCACAGUUGGGAGGCGAGGGACACCAAGCCGGAACCUGGGUCACCUCGUGUUCCUGAGCAUGUCAGCCUCUACAAGCUGAACAGGUUUGGUGUUCAUAGGCCUUGGGGAGGGGCCGGGACUUUUGACUCCUGAAACUUGCUUGCUUCCUGGUCUGGCUGAGACACACACGUCCCAGCUCUGAAUGUCAGAAUGAAGACAGCCAUGUGCCUCUUUUCCCCUUCUUUAAAAGUGAAGGUUCACAUGAGCAGUUUCCUGUGGGGUGGUCUCUGGGUCCUUACUUACAGACUUGGAAACCUGCUCCGGCCCUUCUCACCUUUUCUGCACUUCCUGCCCCCCUGUGGCUGUCCCCAGGAGGGGUGGGAGCUCCCUGGGAUGGACGUUGCAGGGUUAACAGGGAGGUGGGGGGCUCUGGGGAGAGUCUUGGCCCAUGCAGGACAUGUGUUGUGGUGGGGGUGGGGCAGAAAGAGACCCAGGUGGAGGGGUUUCACCCCAGCUGCUGGGCGAAAGGAAGCAGGGCUUGCUUGGGAGUGGAGGGGGUAGGGGUGAGCGGGAGGGGGGGAACAGAGGACAUGGAGGACCAGACCUUGAUUCUGCUGGGCUGGGCAGAGAGGGAGGUGGGAAGAAUGGGCGGGGAGGGGUCUCACCCAGGAGGUGGAAGCUGUAGGCACGUGCAGGCUGGGCCCUAAGAUGGGGCUCCUUUCAGGUGUGUUCUCCAUCUUGGUUGCCCCUCAUGUCCUGUCCAAGAGAGUAGUGCCCUCUUCUUUGGCCAAGAGCCUGUGCUCCCAGGACACACACUGCGCCGGCUCUCCUGCUCCGGCUUUCCAGGGGCCCAGAGUCUCCCAGUCACAUCUUCAAGGAAGCGUUCCGGGCCAGCCCACACCUGUCUGCCCUACCAACUUCGUGCAUGUCUUGUCUGCCAGCUGCCUGGCUUCGGCCUGCCCAGCCUGCUCUAGGCAAGCAGGUGCUCAGGUAGCAGGUGGGGCAGCCCUCCAGGGAACCUGUGCAGUGCUGGCACCCCUACCCGUAGACGAGAGCCCAGGCUCAGGCCAACCCUGCACCCAUUGCCCCUCUGCUUCUCUUGGGCCCCUUCCACCCUUCCAGGUUCUUCCUAUUAUCCUACCACAGCCUCACCUGCUUCCUCGGCUCAGCUUGUCACAGGCACAGGGGAAGAGGCAGCCAAGGGCAGUCCAGGCAGUGCCUCACGGUGGGGGACCACCAGAGCAGCGACAGCCCACCCCAGCGCCUCAGAGUGUGUGGAGCGCUCCAUGGUGAGAGAGGCAGCUGGGAGUGGAGGUGAACCCUUUAGGGAGAGUGGCACCAGCUGCUCUUGGCCUCUUGUGCCUUUGUCUCCUCACUGAGAUGGGGGAGGAAGUGCCUGUGGCCCCUAUCCACUUUCUCCACCCCUCUCUUCCUCCACCUCAGGCUGUCACUCACAUCAGAGUGUCAGCUGCUAACUGCAGCCACCUGCAGCAGGUCCCUCUGCAGUGCCACCCCUUACCCCUGCCCCUGGCUCAGGUCUGUCUGCAAUGGGCCCCCUCAGGUCCAGCUGAGUGGCUGAGGGCACUUCGGUGGCCACUCUGAAGGGCAUGUUUCCUGUGAAGAGAUGCCCAGAGAGAUGAUGGUGGGUAGUGCAGGCCUGGCUGCCUGCGGGCACAAGGACAGGUGGGGGCUCAGGUGGCCUCAGGGAGGCCCCCUGGGAGCCAGGGCGUGGCCAGCCUGGCUGCCUAGUCAGGAGGAAGUGGGAGGGCCUGUGGCUGGGUGGAUGACCUGUCAGGGAGUGUCACCUGCCCGCCUGCCCUGGUGCCCACAGGCACAGCGGCACUUCAGCCAGGCCAGGCAGCCCGACCUGCCGCUGUGUCUACCAUGGUGUCCCGGGGCCCAUUGUGCCUGUACGUGGGGCUCUGGGACUUCGAGGCCCGCACGGCUGAGGAGCUGAGCUUCCGGGCAGGAGACCUCUUCCACGUGGCCCGGAAGGAGGAGGAAUGGUGGUGGGCCACUCGGCUGGACUCAGCAGACAGGGGCCUGGCCCAGGGCUACGUGCCCCACAACUACUUGGCGGAGAAGGAGACGGUGGAGUCAGAGCCGUGGUUCUUCGGCCGCAUCUCUCGCUCCGAGGCCCUGCACCGGCUCCAGGCAGAUGGCAACGAGACGGGGGCCUUCCUGGUGAGAGUCAGCGAGAAGCCCGGCGCCGACUAUGUACUCUCCGUCCGUGAUAAGCAGACCGUGCGGCACUACAAGAUCUGGCUGCGUGCCGAGGGUGGCUUCCACCUGAACGAGGCCGUGUCCUUCCCCAGCCUGCAUGAGCUUGUGGACUACCAUCGUGCCCAGGACCUGUCCCACGGCCUCCGGCUCACCAAGCCCUGCUGGAAGCAUGAGCCCAAGCCGCUGCCCCACUGUGACGACUGGGAGCGUCCCAGGGAGCAGUUUACACUCUGCAGGAAGCUGGGCUCCGGUUACUUCGGGGAGGUCUUUGAAGGGCUUUGGAAAGGGCAGGUCCGAGUGGCCAUCAAGGUGAUUGCCCGAGAUGACCUGCACCAGCACACGUUCCAGGCGGAGAUCCAGGCCAUGAAGAAGCUGCGGCAUAAGCACAUCCUGGCCCUGUACGCCGUGGCAUCCGUGGGGGACCCCGUGUACAUCAUCACGGAGCUCAUGCCUAAGGGGAGCCUUCUGGAGCUGCUGCGUGACUCUGAUGAGAAAGCCCUCCCUGUCUCGGAGCUGGUGGACAUUGCAACACAGGUGGCCGAUGGCAUGUACUACCUGGAGUCAAAGAACUAUAUCCACCGGGACCUGGCAGCCAGGAACAUCCUUGUGGGGGACAACAACAUCUGCAAAGUGGGGGACUUCGGGCUGGCCAGGCUCAUCAAGGAGGACAUCUACCUGUCCCACGACCACAAUGUCCCCUACAAGUGGACGGCCCCUGAAGCACUCUCCCGAGGGCACUACUCAACCAAGUCGGAUGUCUGGUCCUUUGGGGUGCUCCUCCACGAAAUUUUCAGCAGGGGUCAGAUGCCCUAUCCAGGCAUGUCCAACCAUGAGGCCUUCCUGAGGGUGGAUGCUGGCUACCGCAUGCCCUGCCCCCCAAAGUGCCCCCCCACCAUGCACAAGCUGAUGCUGACCUGCUGGCAGCAGGACCCCGAGCAGAGGCCCUCCUUCCGAGCCCUGAGGGAGAAGCUCUUCAGUUUCGCCAGGUACGAGAAUCCGCUCUGAGUGGGCUGCACCCCUGCCUGGCCCUCCAGUGGCGGAACGGGGCUCAGGGCCUGAGUGACUCAGAGGAGGCUGCCAGGACCUGAGAUCAGAGGGCACGGCUGUCAUCUACUGAGUUUGCUGGAAAGAGCUGUAGUUAUGGGACCAGGCUGGUGGAGCUUACAGACUCUCCAUGGAUCCCCAUUUUUUUUUUUUUGGAUCCCCAUUUGUUCCAGUAUGCCUACCCUUCCCAGCCACUCCAACACCCUAGGGGGCAGGGCACCCAGAACCCUCCGGGAGCCGGUGGAACUGUCCUUGGUCCCAACCUGAAAUCUGCCAGCUGUGUCAGGACACAGCAGACCCCUCCUUUGCACAGGCUGUGGGGGCUUGGGCCCUGGCCCAGGUGGAAGGUCACCUCUCCUGUCACCACAGGCCCUGCCUGUCCUCCUGGAGUUUAGAGAGAGUUGUGUGUGUGUGUGUGUGUGUGUCGGGGGCAUGGACCACACCAGCCCCCUCUUUCGGGAACCAAGGGGCUGUGUUGUGGUGGGGUGCUGCCACCUCCUGCCACCAGGGCUUCUGUGAACCUCGUCAGGACACUUGUGGACACUGUGGGGCUCAGGCUGUCCUCAGAAGCACCUCCCAGCCCAUCCAGGGGGCUGGCAAGGUGCCUUCCUCACCAAGCCUUGGAACUGGCUGCCAGGCAUGUGGGAGCAGCCAUGGGAGCUGGGGUGAGGCCGCCCCUGCAGCACUGCACCCUGUGGCUGGACACGCCUUCCAUGGAUUCAGACGCAGCUGUUUAUAGCGAAGGUGGGAGUGUGGAGGCAAGGAACUCCCCCCUUCCUGUGCCCCUGACCUCACCCCAAGCCCCACCCCCUCAAUAAGCUGCCCUCUCUUGGGGCCCUUGGUGCCCACCAGGCCUGAUCUAGCCCCUACAGGGGGCCGUGAGGUUUGACCAGGGAGCCCAUCGUCCCCUUCCGUCCUCACUGUGGAUGCGUCGUCAUGUCUGGCCAACCAGCCAGAAGAGCAGGAGCCCUUGCUCACCUGAGCUCACAUGUGCCCACCCCAGGGCCUGCGAAUCGAGGACCUGCCACAGCUCUCUAUACACUCUGACCUUUGGUUGGGUUCUGCAGCAGGAGGCGCCACUCUGGGAAGCCCCAUGGGCCCACACCCUCCCUGCCCCUCAGCCUGCCUUGGGCGGCUGGGGCCACGGAACGGCCUGUGUCCACGGGGGCUCAAGUGUAGGUAAUACCUGCCAGAGACACCUGGGAGACAGUGGGGCCCAGCACCCAGCUGCGCACAGACAGGUCCCAUGGAGCUUACCCUGGCAGGGCUCGCCAAGGUUCUUCUGCUGAGGAGGGUCCAACGUCUCCCAGGCAGCCCCGCCCAGUGGGCACAGGGGCUGGGGGUCAAGUCACUUACAACCAGCUCCAUUCACUGCAGCGUGGAAUGGCUUCUGGGCAGAAUGCCUGCCCCCAGCAGUGAGGAUCCUGCUGGUAGGAGCUGCUUCUCCCCAGAGCUCCCAGCAAGAGAACCUGUCAGAUGGAGCCUGAGGCAGACCCUGGCUGUGCAGCCCCCAGCCUCAACCAGGAGUUAACUCUCCCAGCAUGCCUCUGGGGUAACACAGGCUCGUGGACACACAUGGCAGUUGUGGGGUGACAGGCUUGCACCUACACAAGUGCAGACAUGCAAACACACACACAGCAGGUCCUGGAGACAGGAUUGCACAUGCGCCCACACACACACACACACAGGGGAGGCCCUGGAGACAGGCGCGCGCACACACGUGCACAGCAGGCUCUAGAGACAGGGUCUUACACACACACACAGGGCAGGCCCUGGAGACAGGCGCGCGCGCGCGCGCACACACACACGGCAGGCCCUGGAGACAGGCACACACACACACACAGGGGAGGCCCUGGAGACAGGCUCUUAAACACACACACAGGGUAGGCCCUGGAGACAAGUGUGCGCAUGUGCACAGACACACAGACACACACACGGCGGGUCCUGGAGACAGGCACACACACAAAGAGCAGGCCCUGGAGACAGGCUC